AUGCAGACUCUUUACAUAUCCUCUGACAACGACUUCCGUAGCGCAGUUUUAAAUCCCGUUCAGAUCGCGGUGUGGUGGGUAAAAAAGCAGCCGCCUAAGAUUAAGGCGUUUCUCGGCGUAUGCAUCGGGAUUGCGGCGCUGAUAUUUCUAAGAUUCAUGGUGGUGGAUCAUGACAACCUCUUCGUCGCUGCCGAGGCCAUCCAUGCCAUCGGUAUCGGCGUGCUCGUCUACAAGCUGACGCGGGAGAAGAAUUGUGCAGGCCUCUCCCUCAAGUCUCAGGAGCUGACAGCGAUAUUUCUAGCCGUCCGAUUGUACUGUAGCAUGAUGAUGGAGAAGGACAUACACACGCUACUGGAUCUCGCGACGCUGGUUACCACCGCGUGGGUCAUCUACACCAUGCGAUUCCAGCUGCGCUCCACUCUGUCCGAAGACCUUGAUAACCUCGCGCACGUUUACAUUCUGGCGCCGUGCGCCAUCCUGGCGCUGCUGGUGCACCCGCGCACGUCGCACUUCAUCGUCAACCGCGUGCUCUGGGCCUUCUGCGUCUACCUCGAGGCCGUCUCCGUGCUGCCGCAGCUGCGCGUCAUGCAGAACGCCAAGCUAGUGGAGCCCUUCACGGCGCACUACGUGUUUGCGCUUGGCAUUGCUCGCUUCCUCUCCUGUGCACACUGGAUUCUGCAGGUGAUGGAUGGGCACAGCUUCAUUAUGACCACCAUAGGCUACGGCAUGUGGCCCGCCAUGGUGCUGGUGUCAGAGAUCGUGCAGACCUUCAUUCUCGCUGACUUCUGCUACUACUACGUUAGGAGUGUGAUGGAAGGCCAGCUCAUGGUUAGACUGCCUACAGGGGUUGUCGUACCGGCUAAUGUGCGGCUUGGCGAAUUGAAGCAGCGAGUUGGCGAAGCAACAGGGUUACCCGCUGACGACCGGUUAACACUCAUUGUGCGAGGAACCGUGCUCGCAGGCGACUCGGCUUGCUCCUCGUCGUCUGGACCGUCGGAUCGUGUGAAACGUUUGGACGGCCAAGAUGCAUCCGUUAAUGCUUGUCGAGAUGACAGCGUGUCAGACGCUGCCACGUUGGAUCUCCGAGACGACGACGUCAUACUCGCUACAGUGCGGCCCAGACCACCCCCACCACAAGUGGCGAACGCUAGAGUGGGCGAGGUGGAGGAAGAAGAGGAGGAGGUCUUUGACAUCCCAGCAUCAGCAUCGCCACUCCAGCGCCGAAUCUUCCUCUUCCUACGAGACAAGUGUCAAAUCCCAGGUUUCCUCCUCGUCCCCUUCUUCUGGCUCUCUCCACACAAGUGGCUGCUGGUCAUCCUCUGGUUCAUCGCUGCACCGCUGCUUCAAAUCUAUUUCGAGCUUGGACCUCUCUAUAUCCUGGGCACCUGCUUUGCGCUCAUUUUCUUCAACCUCGGCACACGCCAGCAAGGGGAAGCAAGUGCCUACUCUAUUUUCAACGAAGGAUUUCAAGAGCUGCCAGGCACACUCAAUGCACAGCGUCUGGAUGAGCAUAUUAGAGCUGGGCAGUUUUAA